GGUCCACAUGGAAGAAAGCUGGGCAGAAGCGUGCUGUCACACCAACCGAAAGGUGCAAUCACAGCCAGUGAGAGACACGGAGGGACGGAGAGACAUUGGAGCCAAGUUGAAGACCAGGAGAGUCCUCUGGAAGCUGUCGGAAGUCAAACGUCAUGUACUGAUUCGUCGCUGUCACCACAUCAGACCAAAUAGUGCAUUUCCACGUUAACGAUGAAGCUUCUGCGGAGUCCUGCACCGGCUCUGCUGCUGCUGGGCUUGAUCAGCAGAGCAUGGGCCAUCUCAGUGCGGAAUUCCAGGUCCUCACCUGUGACAGUUGCAGCUGCAGACACCACACAUUCAGGCAACAGCACGGGCGGAAAUACGACCGCGGAAAACGGCGGGCACGGGGCCGCAGCGAUCACCACCCUGCCCAUCGUCACUUGGAAGUGGCAUCACGUCGAGCUGCCCUACCUGAUUACUCUCUGGGUCCUGGUGUGUUGGCUGGUCAAACUCGUGUUACAUCUGUACAAAAGACUGACCAUCGAGAUCCCCGAGAGUGCCAUGCUCAUCCUCUUCGGUUUCAUCCUGGGUGGGAUGAUCUGGGGUGCUGACAAGGCUCAGACCUUCGCCCUGCAACCAAGAACCUUCUUCUUCUUCUUGCUGCCCCAAAUCAUUCUGGAUGCAGGCUAUUUCAUGCCAAACAAGCUCUUCUUCAGCAACAUGGGGGCUAUCCUGAUUUUCGCCAUCAUUGGGACAGUGUGGAAUGCUGUCGCCGUUGGUCUCUCUCUGUAUGGGGUUUACUUAGGAGGAGCUAUGGGUAAUCUGGAUAUUGACAUACUGCAGUUUAUGCUCUUUGGAAGUCUACUGUCUGCUGUGGAUCCUGUGGCUGUGUUGGCCGUAUUUGAGGAAGUUCAUGUCAAUGAAGUCCUCUUCAUCUUAGUUUUUGGAGAAUCCCUCCUCAAUGACGGUGUGACAGUGGUCUUGUACAACGUAUGCGAUGCAUUUGUAAGUCUAGGAGCAGAUAAAAUCAACGCAGCUGAAAUAAUCAAAGGCAUAGUGUCCUUUUUAGUGGUGGCAUUUGGAGGAUCUCUUAUAGGAGUGGUGUUUGCCAUCCUCCUGUCUCUGCUGACCAGAUGCACCAAGAAUCUCCAAAUCAUUGAGCCUGGUUUCAUCUUCGUCGUCUCCUACCUUUCCUACCUGACGGCUGAGAUGCUUUCUCUGUCUUCCAUUUUGGCGAUUACAUUCUGUGGCGUUUGUUGUCAGAAAUAUGUCAAUGCAAACAUGGCAGAGUCUUCAGUGACAACCGUCAAGUAUGCCAUGAAAGUGCUUGCCAACGGCUCUGAGACUAUCAUUUUCGUCUUUCUGGGAAUAUCUGCUAUAGAUCCAAAUAUCUGGGUGUGGAAUACAGGCUUUAUUCUUCUUACCGUUCUAUUUGUCUUGGUGUACAGGAUAAUAGGAGUCUUUGUUCUCACCUGGAUGCUAAACCGCUACAGACUAAUUCCCAUUGAGAUAAUUGAUCAGGUGAUCAUGAGCUACGGUGGCCUGCGAGGGGGAGUUGCUUACGGUCUAGCCGUCCUACUUGAUCAGGCGAAGAUCAAGGAAAAGAACCUCAUGCUUUGCACCACACUCAUAGUUGUGUACUUCACUGUUAUCUUGCAGGGAGUUACCAUGAAACCGUUGGUUACCUGGCUGAAAGUGAAGAGAUCAUCAAAGUCAGAGCUUUGCCUCAUAGAGAAGCUGCAGAACAGAGCAUUUGACCACAUCCUCGUAGCAAUUGAAGACAUAUCUGGACAAAUAGGACACAACUAUAUGAGAGAAAAGUGGAAUAAGUUUGAAGAGAGGUUUAUCCGACCAUUGCUGAUGAAGACAUCAGCUCGGAAGUCACAGGAUCAGCUUUUCAACGUCUUCCACCAGCUGAACCUCAAGGAUGCCAUUAGCUAUGUGGCAGAGGGCGAACGUUGUGGAUCUUUGGACUUUGCCCGUUCCGACAAUGAUGCUAAUUUGGUGUUCAAGAAGAAAUUUGGUGCGGAUCUUUCAGAUAUAAUACCAGACAUUAAUUCUGAUUUAUCUGACAAAGACCCAUAUGACAUACCACUGCCAUCCAGAGAGAACAGUUUGCCAUCCGUGUGCCUGGAUGUAGAGGAAGAAAUGAGGAGGAAGGAGGUCGGUGACAAUAAUGCACAUCACCUGCUGCAAACGCACCUGUACAAGGCCAGGAAGCAGCACAGACACAGGUACAGCAGGAAGGAAACUGGGGUAAACAAGGAUGAGAAUGAGGUUCAGGAGAUCUUCCAACGCACCAUGAGGAGUCGCCUGGAAUCCUUCAAGUCCACCAAGAUGGGAGUCAGCCAAAACAAGAAGCUCAAACCCUCCAAGAAAGACCAGGUGUCAAAUGGAAACGUCACAAAUCAUACCGGUGAUGAUGAAGGUGGAAUUGAGAACCCAGCAUUCAUGCCUGAUGCCCCCCCGCAAACACCCCCAUGGUCAAGCAGCGCUCAGGCUGAGUAUGGCGUGGCCCCCUCCCAGAUGGCUCAGCUGCGGAUUCCCUGGUCCCCAGGCAAUCUUCAUCGCUUGGCACCCCUCCGCAUUAGCACCCGCUCCAAUGACUCCUUCCUCCUGGCUGACAGACCCACCACAGAGGAGGAGCAGCAACCUCCCAACCAGCCCUGUGGGAUGAAAAAGUAGCCCUAGCCAACACAUUCCUUCAAGCUGCACAUGCCGCCCAAAUACACCACCCUCCUCAAGACACUAUGAAGAUGUUACAUGCAUUCUGAUGCACAACAACAACAGUGGACAGGAAGGAAUUGCAUAGAGUGUUGAAAUACACCGGCGUCUACCGCAGUCUAAAUAUGUCCUAAAAAGUUCUGAAAAAAGAUAGGUAUCUUUGAUGUAUAUGCAUAGGGAUCUUAGAUGUAUAUGUAUCUACAUAUGUAUGUUGAUAUAGGCUUUACUUAGGACAGUUAUCAUGAAAUAAGAUAUUUCUGUUUAUGUAUGCGGUUAAUAUUCAAUGUUUAAUGAAGUCCUCUAUCCUCUCAAGUAAAGGAGUACACUUAUCACAGUGCCAUCACAAUUAAACAGCUUUAUUCCUAUAGGCAAAUACACAGUUUAAUAUUUUAAAAGCACACCGCUUUUAUCCCAUAAGGUCUUUAGUUGCAAAAAUGACACUCCUCUUUCUGAAAAAGACGAGUUACAGAGAAUAAUUAGGACAAUGAAAGGUUAAAAACACUACUGACACUGUUUUACAUGCAAUAAAGAAAUACUUUAUUUAUUCACUUUCUUAGCACAAUGGAGAUUAAUAAUUCCUCGUCAUUGUAGGACCAAUGAAAUGGCCAGUGAAUGCAAAAUUGUAUAGGAUGACAAAUGACUAGGUAUUUACUCUGUUUGGCUGCUGGUGUCAAGUUGAUGUGAAGACCGUUUAUAACUUGAGAGAGAGGGACACUAUAUAACAACUCACUUUCUCUUUAUUUUCAAAAAUAAAAACCACAGACACAUUGUGUAUCAGUACAACAGAUGUAGGAUGAUGGUACAAAAAACAUAACAUCAAAUUCUUCAGAGUGAAGACACGAUCAGAAAA